AUGGGUAGACUAAAGUCGUACGAAUUAGUUGGGUUUGGCUUAAUCAGCUUGUUUGGCAUCUACUCGGGUACCAAGUUUUUCGAGCCAAUUGUCAUUGAGCAGCUUAGACAAGAUGGUAAUUUGAGGACGGAUAUAGAAAUUCCCAAGUAUGACAAAGAAGGUAAUCCUGUUUUACCGGAAGAUGUGUUAGAGCAUCAGAAGCAUUGGCAAAAGGCAGUACUACAGGAGGUCGAAGACGCAGAGGGUCAAGGUUCAUCCAAUAGCAAGUGA